ACGAAACGCUGAAAACUGAAAAGUUUCAUCAUUACUUCCUUCCUUCCGUUAACUCCGAUACCUUUCCUAUACUUUCCGCGGGCGUUAUUACCCCCGCUUUUCUCCCGUGUUCGAUUCUUGUCCCCGCCCUUCUUCCUCUUAUAACAUUCCCCUCAUUUCCGAUCUUUCUCUCUCUUCCGCCAUUGUUGUCCGAUCAUCACUUUUUUUCUAAGCUUUUUUUUGUCUUCUCAUUUUCACUUCUAUCCCUAAUUUAAAACGCAGACAAUCACUGGUGCUUUCUAUCAUUCUCACGAUUUUCUGUAUAUUGAUGUUCGUGGUUUUUUCAUCGAAAUCCCUAAUUUGCGCGACUGCCACAGUUUUCUGGCGCUGCUUUUCACGACAGAUCGUUGUUUUCACUCGAUUCUCUUGCUUCGAUUUCGGCGAAAUCUUCAAUUUCUAGGAUUACUUCUCAGGGUUAGCUGGUUGAGCGAUGGCUGGGGAACCUGAGAAGAAUGUAGAAACUUCUGCUGGUGAGACUUCAGACAUGGUUGAAGAUAAUCCUAAAGAUGAGAAAAAUUCAAAGGAGGUUUCAAAGAAGAAGAAGAAGAAGAAGGGGUUUUUUGGUCGAAUUUGGAAUGGUUUGUUUGGUGCUCGAAACGACGAUUUCGAGCGGAGAUUGGAGCGAAUUUCCAAGGAGGAAAAGACUAUUAUUACUAGAAUGAGGAGGAGAACUCUGAGUUGGGGAAGUAUGAGGAGGCAUAUUAUUCUGUUUUCUGUGCUGUUGGAGCUUGUUGCUGUGGGUUAUGCUAUCAUAACAGCAAGGACAGCUGAAAACUGGAAGAUUCGAGCUCUUCGGGUUCUGCCAAUGUUUCUAUUGCCUGCUUUAUCUUCUAUUACAUAUUCAGCAAUGUCAAGCUUCAUAAAUAUGUGUGAACGCAAGGAUCAGAAAACUUUAGAAAAGCUUCAGUCUGAGAGGCAAUCAAAAAUUGAUGAGCUUAAAGAGAGGACUAAUUUCUACCUUACACAGCAGCUUAUUCAGCGUUAUGACACAGAUCCUGCAGCUAAAGCAGCAGCAGCUGCUGUCUUGGCAUCCAAAUACACUGAAGGCUCAGGAAUGAGACUUUUGUUUGAAGAGGAGUCCAAAGAUGAUGCUGGAAAAAGCCAUGAUGUUGAACUGGUCCAAUCUUAUGGCCUUAGAAAUAGGAAACAACCACAAGGAAGAGGAACUAGCCCAGGAGGUACAAUGAUUCAGCAGUCUGCUGAGACAUCUCCACAUGCUGGCAGUGAAUAUGCCCAGCAUAACCAGGAGCUCUUUGUUGAUCAUUAUCAAGGUCAAGGAGCCACUGCAUAUAAUAGUGGAUGGUUGUCUCGAAUUGCUGCAUUACUUGUCGGUGAGGAUCCAACCCAAUGCUAUGCUCUUAUAUGUGGUAAUUGCCAUAUGCACAAUGGGCUUGCAAGUAAAGAAGAUUUCCCUUAUCUAACUUAUAUAUGCCCACAUUGCCAUGCUGUAAAUGGGCCAAGGAUCCAACAAGAGCGGGCUUCUGGUACUGACAUUCCAAAUAUGGGUUCAGCAGUUUCAGCAGACAAUGGUCAUGCCACCAGCCGUGUUGUUGAUUCUCCACGUGAAAAUAUAGUCGACAACAAGAAUGUAGAAGCUGCCGCCCCUGCUCCUACUCCUGCUCUUGUACUUGCACCUGCACCUGCACCUGCUGAAGCUAAUGAGAAGACCGGGGUCUCAGCAGAAGGCAAUGAGAGUUGAAGACAUUACGUAAUGGAUUGAUUGUCAUCGAUAAGAACUUUUCCUGGUUGUUCGAGUCGGUAUGGUUUUCCAAGGCAAGGGCUGCUGAUUAAGAAUAUGCCUCUAGUUUGGGGUUUUUGUGAAAUCUUAUUGUGGUAAUACUUGUAAAACAUGCAAAAGUAUAGAAUGUUUAUGGCUGUAAUUGAUGUUUGUAGGCGUUUUACUUUGCCAGCCACUAUAUUAAAUUUGAGGCCAGUGAACUGAAGUUUGAGAGCA